UAUUGCCAGGGCCGAGGCUGCUUGAUUCUGCAUUUCAUUAUCCACUAGACCCUUCAGCUGCAUCUGCUUUAAGCCCUGCCCUCUACGCUUCAAUCUUAUAGCUGCUCUAUGCCCGUCAAAGUGCUCUUCGUCUGACGCAGCUAGGCAAUAUAUGUCGCUCCACGAUGGCCCAAGGCACGCUACAGCACAUCAUCGAGGAACGUGGGCUAGAGUCCUUGAUUGAUGAGGUAGACUCGUGCGGCACAGCUGCCUAUCACACAGGCAAUGCCCCCGAUUCUCGAACACUCUGGACUCUCAAGGAGCACGGCAUUACGCUCGAUCACAGUGCGAGACAGCUUGAGGCUGCGGAUUUUGACAAAUUUGACUAUAUCCUUGCCAUGGACCGGGAGAAUCUUGCUGGCAUUGAAUCUGUAGCACGCAAGGUCAAGUCGGGGAAGAAGCCAAGGGUAUGCUUGUUUGGCGAGUAUGGGAAAGGGAAGAGCAGAGUGAUCCAAGACCCGUAUUAUGGGCCAAGCAAUGCUGGCUUCGACAAGGCCUAUGAGCAGUCUGUGGAGUUUAGCGAUGGGUUGAUCCGGGCGGUACAGGAGAAGGAGGGCCCUGCUCUGUAGUGUAGCUAAUGGACAGUUCUUACUUAUUAGACACUGGAUACUAGUACUAGUAGAUAGAUAAUCAUAGACUGUGCGGUGC